AUGAAUAUUGAAAUGACAAAGAAUGACAAUGAAACUUUACCAUGUCAAGAAGCAUCAGACAUCAAGCAGGAACUGUGCCAUCCAGGUACAAGUCUCUGCAGAUUUGGCUCUACUGGUGAAGGUUUAAGGUUGUGUCAGCCCUGUGGAUUUGAAUUUGGUAUGUGUGACUGGGCAUCAGAAGCACCUGCUGGGCAAAUUUCCUGGAUGCACACAAAAGCAAAAGGAGUUUCUGCAUUAGAAUCUACACCUCAGCAGGAUCAAAGUAGUGAUGAUAAAGGUUACUAUAUGUGGGUAGGAGCUCCACAUGCAUCUACUCUUAGCCAUUUAGACAGCAGGGCUUAUCUAAACAGCUCUGUGUGUCACUGCUGGGGCAGGGACUGCCGUCUUCAAUUUCAUUACACUAUGGAAAACAGUGUUCUGAGAGCAGGUCUACAUAACAACAAGGAAGAAGAAAUAUUUUGGACAUACAACAUAUCAACUAAAAAAAAAAAAAAAAUAUGGGUGAAAACAGAUGUGUUAAUACCAGAAGAACUGAAGACAUUUAAGUUUAUUUUUGAAGGGGCUCUUUUGAGCCAGGAAAGUUUUAUUGGACUGGAUCAGCUUUGGGUCUAUGCAUGUGCACAGGCCCCAUCCAGAAAGCUUUGCUCCACAGAUGAAUUCACUUGUGCCAGUGGCCAGUGCGUUGCCCAGAAGAAAUCAGUAUGUGACUCUCGGCAGGACUGUUCUGAUAAGAGUGAUGAAGACCCAGUGACUUGCUCUAAUCAUCUCAUGUGUGACUUUGAGUCUGGUUUCUGUGACUGGGAGCCAUUCCUCACAGAAUAUUCACACUGGGAAUUUGUGAAAGGAUCCACCAGUGGAGAGAACCAUCUUCCUGAGACUGGUCAUCCAGCAAACACAAAUCAUGGGUCAUUUAUUUAUUUUCAGGCGCAUCAAUUCCCGGGAAUGGCCAAACUUGGAAGUCCCGUUCUUACAAAAUCACUUCCUGCCUCUAACCCAUGUCAGGUGCGGUUUGGGUAUCAUUUGUCUCGGCACGCGCAUCUGUCUGUUUUCACAAGAACGUCACUGGGCGGAAAUUGGCAGAAGCAAGGUGAUCUCGUUGGAAGCGCUGGACCUCAGUGGAGACAAGCAAAAAUCGAUCUCUAUGCAAAGCCUGGAGAAUCCAGUUUGCCUUUUCAGAUAAUUUUAGAAGCUACUGUUUUAUCUCCAAAUGCUACCAUUGCUCUAGACGACAUCAGUAUAUCCCAAGGAUGUGAAAUUUCAUAUACAGCACUUCCAGGUACCAGCAUAGUAAACAAAGUUUCCGAAUGUGACUUCGAAGCAAACAGCUGUGGUUGGUUUGAAGCAGUUACUGGUGACCAUUUCGACUGGAUAUGGAGCUCUAGAAGUGACCUUUCUGCUGAUUUUGAGCAACAGGCCCCACCCCGUGAUCAUACUCACAACACUGCUCAAGGGCAUUUUAUGUUCGUUCUGAAGAAAAGCAGCAGCUUGGCACAAGUUGCUAAACUCCAGAGCCCAACUAUCAGCGAGACAGGAACAGGAUGCAUGCUUUCUUUCUGGUUUUAUAACUAUGGCCAGUCAGUGGGAGCAGCCGUGCUCCAGCUACAUGUGGAAAACUCCAGUGAUUCCACGGUACUCUGGAGAGUACUGUAUAACCAGGGCAACCAGUGGUCACAGGCAACCGUUCAGCUCGGGCGCCUCACUCGUCCCUUCCAUUUGUCACUAGAAAAAGUCAGUCUUGGCAUUUAUGAUGGGGUGUCCGCUAUUGAUGACAUCACUUUUGAAAACUGUACUCUUCCACUCCCCGCGGAGAGCUGUGAAGGGCCAGAUCAUUUCUGGUGUGGACAUACGAAGGCUUGCAUAGAAAAGCUUCAGUUAUGUGACCUGGUGGAUGAUUGUGGUGAUCACACGGAUGAGGUUGAUUGUGCACCUGGACUGCAAUGUAACUUUGAAAAUGGACUUUGUAACUGGAAACAAGAUUCAGAAGAUGAUUUUGAUUGGACCAGGAACCAGGGUCCAACUUCAACACCUAAUACAGGGCCAAUGAAGGAUAACACUUUGGGCACAGCUCAAGGACACUACCUCUACAUAGAAUCUUCAGAGCCACAGGUGUUCCAAAACACAGCUGCUUUACUCAGCCCGAUCCUCAGCGCCCCUGGUACAGGAAGAUGCACCUUCCGCUUCUAUUACCACAUGUUCGGAAAGCACAUUUAUAGGCUGGCCGUUUACCAGCGAGUCUGGAGUAACACAAGGGGGAAGCUGCUGUGGCAGAUCUUUGGGAAUCAAGGCAACAGAUGGAUAAGGAAACACCUCGACGUUUCCAGCAGGCAGCCUUUUCAGAUUUCGGUGGAGGCUUCAGUGGGAGAUGGCUUCACGGGAGACAUUGCAAUCGAUGAUUUGUCAUUUAUGGACUGUAUCCUCUAUCCUGGUAAUUUGCCAGUGGACCUUCCAACUCCACCGGAAACUUCCAUUCCAGUGACAUUACCUCCACACAACUGUACAGAUGAUGAGUUUGUCUGUAGGUCCAAUGGUCACUGUGUUCAAGAAACCCAGAAGUGUGAUUUUAGAUAUGACUGCCAUGACAAAUCAGAUGAAUCAUUUUGUGUAGUGGAAGUUUGCAGCUUUGAAAAAGGAAGCCUGUGUAAAUGGUACCAGCCAAUCCCUGAACAUUUAAUUCAAGAUUCAAACACAUUCAGGUGGGGAGUUGGUAACGGAACCAGUAUUCAUCAAGGGGAAGAAAACCACAGGCCCGCAGUGGAUCAUACGAGAAAUACCACACAUGGCUGGUACUUGUAUGCUGACAGCUCAAAUGGAAAAUUUGGCGACGUGGCCGACAUCCUCACUCCUGUUAUUUCACGCACCGGGCCCACGUGUAGGCUGGUGUUCUGGACGUACAUGAACGGCGCCACGGUCGGCUCUCUCCAGGUACUCAGCAAGAAAGACAACGUUACUUCCAAACUGUGGGCUCAAAGUGGACAACAAGGUGCGCAGUGGAAAAAAGUAGAAGUGUUUCUAGGCAUUCAUUCAAAAACACAGAUUGUCUUUAGGGCAAAACGCAGUGUCAGUUACAUGGGAGACAUAGCAGUGGACGACAUUUCCUUUCAAGAUUGUUCUCCCCUGCUCAGCCCAGACAGGAGGUGCACUGCUCAGGAAUUCACCUGUGCUAACAGGCACUGCAUUGCACGGGACAAGCUGUGUGAUUUUGUGAAUGAUUGCGCUGAUAAUUCCGAUGAGACUACCUUCAUUUGCGGCACCUCCAGUGGGCGCUGUGAUUUCGAGUUUGACCUUUGUUCCUGGGAGCAGGAGCAGGACGAUGACGGUGACUGGAAUCUGAAGGCUAGCAGCAUCCCUGCUGCAGGCACGGAGCCAGCGGCUGACCACACCUUGAGAAAUUCUUCUGGUCACUACAUCUUCAUAAAGAGCUUGUUUCCUCAGCAGCCCAUGAAAGUAGCCAGAAUCUCAAGCCCUGUCAUAAGCAGACGAAGCAAAAACUGCAAGAUCAUUUUUCAUUAUCACUUGUAUGGAAAUGGCAUCGGGGCACUCACCUUGCUCCAGACAUCAGUCUCCAACCAAACAAAGUUCCUAGUCAAUCUCACAGCAGAACAAGGCAACUUCUGGCAGCGGAAAGAGGUGGUGCUGUCUGGCGAGGAGGACUUCCGGCUCACAUUUGAAGGCAGAGUUGGGAAAGGACACCGUGGCGACAUUGCACUGGAUGACAUCGUGCUUACGAAGAGUUGUCUCCCAUCCCGUCGGUCCGUGAACGGACAGCCAGCGGUGCCUCUUCCAACAGGUUACUGCCCACAUGGCUAUCAGGAAUGUCACAAUGGCAAAUGUUAUAAACCAGAGCAAAGCUGUAAUUUUGUGGAUGACUGUGGAGAUUCCACUGAUGAAAAUGAGUGUGGGAGCUCCUGUACUUUUGAAAAAGGCUGGUGUGGCUGGCAAAACUCCCUGGCUGAAAACUUUGAUUGGGUUUUGGGGGUUGGCUCUCAUCAAAGCCUAAGACCUCCCAAAGACCACACACUUGGGAAUGAACAUGGGCACUUCUUGUACCUGGAGGCUACCCCAGUGGGCCUUCGGGGUGAAGAGGCACACCUCAAGAGUGCUGUGUGGCAAGAAUCCAGUGCCGCCUGUACCCUGAGCUUCUGGUAUUUCUUAUCUGCUAAAGCCACGGGCUCCAUUCAGAUUCUCAUUAAGACAGAGAAAGGACUAUCAAAAGUAUGGCAGGAAAGUAAGCAGAAUUCUGGUGAUCACUGGCAAAAGGCUGUCAUCCUGCUAGGAAAAUUAAGAAAUUUUGAAGUUAUAUUUCAAGGUAUCAGAACAAGGGAUCUGGGAGGAGGAGCUGCCAUUGAUGACAUUGAAUUUGAAAACUGCAUGACUGCGGGAGAGAUUUCUGAGAUUUGCCCAGAAGCCACUGAUUUUUUGUGCCACAACAAGAAGUGUGUUGCAUCCCACCUUGUCUGUGACUAUAAACCAGACUGCUCCGACGGGUCUGAUGAAGCUCACUGUGGCCAGUACACAGCCACAACAGGAAGCUGCAACUUUGAAACACCUUCAGGAAACUGGACCACAGCCUGCAGUCUUGCUCAAGACUCUGAAGAUGACUUGGACUGGGCCAUUGGCAACAGAAUUCCUGCUGAAGCAUGGAAUGCAGACUCUGAUCAUACACCAGGUAGUGGACAGCACUUCCUGUAUGUCAACUCAUCUGGCCCCAAAGAAGGCUACACGGCAAGAAUCACUACUUCCCAGUACUUCCCGGCAAGCCUCGGAAUGUGUGCUGUUCGGUUCUGGUUCUACACGAUUGACCCCCAGGGUGGGGGCAUAUUAAAGGUGUAUACCAUUGAGGAAUCUGGACUGAACAUCCCUGUGUGGUCAGUGAUUGGCAAUGAAAGAACCGGUUGGAUGUACGGACAUGUACAUCUCUCCAGUAACAGUCCAUUUAAGGUGACAUUUGAAGCUGAUUUGAGUGGAAAUGAAGACAUCUUUAUUGCCCUUGAUGACAUCUCCUUUACCCCAGAAUGUGUAUUUGGAGGUCCUGUCCCAACACAGCCACCGCCUUGUGAAGCUGAUCAGUUUUCUUGUGUCUACACGCUCCAGUGUGUCCCUCUCUCGGGAAGAUGUAACGGACAGGAGGAUUGCUCGGAUGGGUCGGAUGAAAUGGAUUGCUCUCUCAGCCCCCCUCCUCAGCUCUGCGGUGAAACAGAGUUCCAGUGCUCUCCCCACGAGUGUAUUCCAUCCCUCCUGCUGUGUGACGGGGUGCCCGACUGCCACUUUAAUGAGGAUGAAUCCAGCUGCUCCGAUGUCAGCUGCUCUGAGGGAGCUCUGCUGUGCCCCUCCUUCAACAGCUGCAUCCCAGUUCACAAGCGCUGUGAUGGUUUUGCCAACUGCAUGGACUUCCAACUUGAUGAGUCCAGCUGCUCAGAGUGUCCAAUAGCUUAUUGCAGAAAUGCUGGGACCUGUGUGGUGGAGAAAAAUGGUCCUAUGUGUCGAUGUACACAAGGAUGGACAGGAAAUCGAUGCCACAUCAAAGUUAACCAUUCGACUGCAGAUUUUACGUACUCUCAGAAUAACAUAUGGACGCUCCUGGGUAUUGGAUUAGCUCUCCUGAUGACUCACAUUACAGUCGCCGUCUUGUGUUUUCUUGCGAACAGAAAAGUGCCUGCAAGGAAAACCAAAGGAAGUGUUAAUUGUGCAUUUGCUAAUCCAGUCUACGGAAGUUGGAGCCACCCAGAGAAAUCAGAGAGUUCUGUAUACUCCUUCUCUAAUCCAUUAUAUGGCACAACAUCAGGAAGCCUGCAUACCAUAUCCAAUCAUCUCUAA